AGUCGCAAGAGAGACGAAAACACUGUCUAAAUCGCAGUUCGUGCACGAUGAUAAUCCCAGUUCGUUGCUUUACUUGCGGAAAGAUCAUUGGGAACAAAUGGGACACAUACCUUGAUCUUCUCCAGGCUGAUUACACCGAAGGGGAUGCUCUUGAUGCGAUUGGGUUACAUCGUUACUGCUGCAGGCGUAUGCUUAUGACUCAUGUCGAUCUUAUCGAAAAGCUUCUUAACUAUAACACUUUGGAGAAAUCUGAUGCCAAUUAGAAAACGAAUAGCAGAUGAGCAAUAGUGACGUCUUACUUACCUAUGAAUGAAUGAUGGAUGAUGCUUGAAUGUUUUCUAUGUUUUUUUUUGUUCUGGUUUAACAACUUGGAUCUAUUUUUAGACUACUUUUGAGCCACAAGUAAAGCCCGA